AUGGGAUACUACACUUGUUCUUUCUCCUCUCUACUUUCCACCAUCAUCACCAUCACCUUCUUCCUCUUAGCUCGUGGAGCUGCUGCUUACACAGGUAGAUUCUCAAAGAUCUAUGCAUUUGGCGACUCAUAUACAGAUACCGGCAAUACCGGAUCGGCCACCGGACCCAGUUCCUUCCGCCACGUAUCGAACCUUCCCUAUGGUAUAACAUAUUUCCAUCGACCUACCAAUCGGUAAUCUGAUGGUAGGUUAAUAGUAGACUUCCUAGCCAACAACCUCUCCCUUCCAUUUUUACAGCCAUACAAGAAACGAGAAGCAGACUUCUCACAUGGUGUGAACUUUGCAGUAGCUGGAUCGACGGCAAUUGAUCAUGAAUUCUUUGUUAAGAAUAAUGCUACAUUGGACGUAACUCCUCAGUCACUACAGACUCAACUGAUUUGGUUUAAUAAGUUGUUGGAAGGGAAGGGAUGCCAAUUGCAGAGAUCGUAUCAAUGUCGUAUGGCUAUUAAGGAUGCACUCUUUUGGGUUGGUGAAAUCGGCGCCAAUGAUUAUGCUUACGCUUUUACAUCAGCCAUCCCAAGUUCCACUAUUCAAAAGCUCGCAAUCAAGAACGUUGCUGCGUUUCUACAGGCGUUACUAGAGAAGGGUGCAAAAUACAUUGUAGUUGAAGGAUUGCCGAUGACAGGUUGCCUCCCAUUGGCACUGUUUCUGGCUCCGGCAGAUGACCGAGACAGCAUGGGGUGUGUGGCUAGUGCUAACCAGCAAACCAAAUCCCAUAAUUCACUCCUCCAAACAAAGCUCGAAGAACUCAGGAAACGUUACCCGAAUGCUUUCAUCUCCUACGCCGAUUUCUGGAAUGCCCAUCUCAAUGUCAUGAACAAUCCCACAAGUUAUGGGCUCACGGAGACACUCAAGGCUUGCUGUGGGUCCGGUGGCAGGCCAUACAACUUUGAUGCAUUCUCCACUUGUGGCUCUCCAGCUGUACCCAAAGCAUGCACAGAACCGGCGAAAUUCGUGAACUGGGAUGGAGUCCACCUCACCGAAGCAAUGUACAAGGUGGUUGCCGACAAGUUCUUCCGUGGAGGAUACUGUCGGCCAUCGUUCAACCUAUUGCUUGAGGUUAAAAGGCGUGAAGGUUGAUUUGGUUUGGUAGCCAUUAGAUGGUUAUGUUAGGUGAGUGAGAGUGAGUGGGUCAUAUAAUAUAUGCAGAAAAACAUACAGAUAAUUAAUUAACAAGUAAUAUUAUAUAGUUUUACUUAAUUCAAAA